CCCUGUCUGUAUCGCUUUCUCUCUAUUCCAAAGUCUCUAGAAGAACAGCACUUCCCGAAAACCCACGAUUUUGGCAGCAGUUUGGCCCGCCCCCUGCCAUGGAAGCGUGUGAGCUGCGAAAAGGAAUAGCCGAAACAAUUUUUGAAUAUCUUAAAUAUUUAAACAUGCACGCGAAAUAUAAAUAUGUAUAUUCCAUGAAGCUGUGGUUUCGCGUGGAGCUGAGGCCGGUGUAAGAGGGUUGCAUUCCUUAGAUUUAGCAGACAAAUUUGGAGCCAAAGUAGCCAUCUCGGAGUGACGGGAGUGUGAUCGGGUAUCCGAGGCUUCGACGGAUCACCGUCCUGCACUUCGGCGGUUUGACCGACGAGGGGAGCCCCGGCGCGGCUGCAAUGUCUGGACAUCAUCGGGUGACAGAACACGAAGCUAGCUAACGUUAGCUAACAUAGCCGACAGUAAACAUAAUAAGUGAGAUGACGACAGGUGAUUCACACUGAAUUGUUUUUCCCGUAGUGUCGUAAUGUCGCCGUAUUUGAUGGCUCCCUAGUUUGGCGGCUAAGACUUGAAUCACAAGUUAGCUAGCUGGCUAACUACCCCGGCUCAACUGCUUUCCACCAAUUGACACAGUGUAGCGUGGAGCAGGCAAGAUGGAGCGAUCAGACAGCAUCCAGCUGGACAUCCCGGACUUCAGCAACUCAGUGCUGUCUCACCUGAACCAGCUGCGCAUACAGGGGCGUCUGUGCGACAUUGUGGUCAACGUACAGGGCCAGAGCUUCCGGGCGCACAAGGUGGUGCUGGCGGCCAGCUCGCCGUACUUCCGCGACCACAUGGCCCUGGGCGAGAUGAGCACGGUGUCCAUCGGCGUGAUCCGGAACCCGUCGGUGUUCGAGCAGCUGCUGUCCUUCUGCUACACGGGCCGGCUCUGCCUGCAGCUGGCCGACAUCAUCAGCUACCUCACCGCCGCCAGCUUCCUGCAGAUGCAGCACAUCAUCGACCGCUGCACGCAGAUCCUCGAGGGCAUCCACUUCCGGGUCAGCCUGGCGGAGGUGGAGGCGGAGCUGGACAGGGGCGGGGGGCGGACCCUGGAGCCCGGGAGGGGAGGGGCGGAGGCGGGAGGGCCCCGCCUGCUCAGCCCCCCGAGGAGCGGCUCCAGGGGUGUGGCCGCGCAGAGAGGCGCGGGGGGCGUGGGCUGUAUUCGGGAUCUGAGGGAGGCGCAGGAGGUCAGUCCCUUGAGGGAGUCCGUGAGCCUGCAGAUGGAGGAGCAGGGUGGGGCUGUAUCAGAGCGGGCCAGGGGGGUGGUGGGUGGGGAGCCCCUGCUGCGGAUUAACAGGGCAGGGCAGUGGUACAUGGAGACAGGAAUGGAGGAGGAGCGGGGGGGAGAACCGGGCGUGCUGCGGAUCAAGACGGAGAGGCUGGAGGGGUGGGCGGGGCUGGGGGCGGAGACGCAGGCAUCGGGGGAGGAGGGAAGUAGCACAGAGGAGGUGGUCACCAAGACGACGGAUUCCAGGGGACACAAGGCACAGACACGGGAACGCAUCCGCACGGGGGCAGCGGCAGCCAGGACCGCUCAACCCUCCAGCAGUCUGAGCGAGACAGGCAGGUUUAGCCCAUCAGGCAGUGUUGUGGUGAGAGAGAGACCAAGAGCCAAGAGUGAAAGUCCGGGAGGAGUACACCACCAGAGCCAGCCCGUGUCUCAGGGUGAGGAGCCGGCUGCGUUUGACGUAGGAGGGUACGAGGAGUACCUGCGAGAGCAGGUGGGCGACCGCUGGUUCCGCUACAACCCCCGGCUCACCUGCAUCUACUGCUGCAAGUCCUUCAACCAGAAGGGCAGCCUGGACCGGCACAUGCGGCUGCACAUGGGCAUCACGCCCUUCGCCUGCCGCAUCUGCGGCAAGAAGUACACGCGCAAGGACCAGCUGGAGUACCACAUCCGCAAGCACACGGGCAACCGGCCCUUCCACUGCCACGUGUGCGGCAAGAGCUUCCCCUUCCAGGCCAUCCUCAACCAGCACUUCCGCAAGAACCACCCGGGCUCCGCCCCCAACGAGGGCCCCCACAGUGCCUCCCCCGAGACCACCACCACCACCACCACCACCUCCGUGUCCUCCCGGGGGGUGCACAACGAAGACGAGUCCCCCCCUUACGGUGAGGCUAGGGCCGGCAGGAGGGACGGGGGCUCUUUCGGAGAGGCCGUCCAGCCCUCUGUGUCUACCACAGGUCCGGACUGA